GUCUAUAUGAAAUGCUGUGUCCUUGUAUCUCUGCGCUGGUCUUAGUGCUGCAAGACCAUCAGACUGCCUUAGAAUACCGGCUGUGAGUAGCUACCAGGAAGCGGCAGCAACUUUUAAUCUCUAGAAGGCAAAAACCUCUCGGGUCGUGGAGGGCUAAUCCCCACCAGCUUUAACAGGUGCGACGGAGCGUGAAGCGUUUUAGGAUGUGGUUUGUAUUGGUUCAGCUGAAUAGCUAAGACCAGGGUUGGCACAAAGACUUGUAUGGGAUGGGCUAGAGUCGCCCAUCCCUGGUCUUACAGGGCUGUCCUUGAAAUAUGUGCAUGUUCCAAAUUCAAGAAUUAAAUCCAGCCAACGUUUUUCAAGAGGAAGAGGAGGAAGCCACAUACUGAUAGUCUAUUGAUGCACGUGGGUCACGUUGGGUGGAACCCCGGUACUGGGUUUGACAUCAAUCACCUGGACUCAGACCUGAGGCAGCUCUUCAGUCAGGCGGGGAUCCAGCAGCGGCACCUCCAGGACCUCUCCACCUCCCAGCUGAUCUACGAGGUCAUCGAGCUGCAGGGCGGGAUGGAGGCUGUGCGGCAGGAGAUCCGGGGGCAGGGUUCCAUUGCAUCUCUAUCUCUUAACAGAAUUGCUCCACCUGUUUCCUCUCCACUAAUCUCCCUGGAACCAGAUCAACCCACCUUGCUGUCGCUAAAGGGCCCCCUUCCUCCCCUGCCCUCCCAGAGAGAGUGGCGCCCCCCCAUGGCAUCCUCGACCACCUUCAGGGUGCGAGGGGUCCCGCCCCCGCUGAAGAGAGGCUCUCUCUCUGCACUGUUCACUGACGAGGCCAUCCCUCCUCCCCCCUCCACUCCUCCUCCCCCUCCCCAGAUUCCGCUCGUUCUCCCGCUGCACACAGCUCUGCACCCCCAAUGCCGCCACACCCUCCUCCCGCUGCACACAGCUCUGCACCCCCAAUGCCGCCACACCCUCCUCCCGCUGCACACAGCUCUGCACCCCCAAUGCCGCCACACCCUCCUCCCGCUGCACACAGCUCUGCACCCCCAAUGCCGCCACACCCUCCUCCCGCUGCACACAGCUCUGCACCCCCAAUGACGCCACACCCUCCUCCCGCUGCACACAGCUCUGCACCCCCAAUGCCGCCACACCCUCCUCCCGCUGCACACAGCUCUGCGGCCCCUGCUCCACCAACAGCACAGCUUCAUGAAGGGAAGAGACAACCAGCCAGGGAAGAGGUGGAGAAGAGGCUGUCUGUGUUCCAGGAGAUCAGACAAGGCAUCCUGCUGAAAUCAGUCCCCAGUGUGGAGAGUGUGGGCUGCGCCCCCCCUGCGGCUCCUCAACCAGGGGGCAUUGUGCUGGCUCUCAUAGAGGCCAUGAACAAGAGGCACCAGGCGAUCCACUCUUCAGGAGAGGAUGAGAGGAGCGAGUCCGAAGAGGACUCGGAUGAGUGGGAUUAGCGGUCGAUCUUUGAUUCAUUCACUGCAGGAUGGAGUCCCGCUGGUCCUGGUCUCAGGGUAACUUCGUUCGAUGGGGGCUGCCAUCUGCUGUGUUUGUUUCUCUGCAAUUCAUCAGGGCUGACGAUUGGGUGUGGUUUCGAUUGACCCUGUGGAUUCACAAGCCUCUCCUAGAUCUCUUUCUGUAGCCUGUUUGGCAUUCACUAUACAGUGAGGGUUUUAUUCUAGGGUGCGUUCUGUACUGUAGCGUGUUUGAAGGGCUCUGGGUUUAAAGGAAGUUUUUUUUUUUUUAAUGUUUUUGCUGAAAAGCCCUAAAAAUGAGUUAUUUUUAAUGUUUUUGUAUUG